AUGACAACUAGCACAGUUAUCUACACUACCUCACUAAACACAAACACUCUGGGGACAACUGUUCUUGGAACAACCAUGACUAAGACUCGGGAAGAGCAAAGUACAGCUGCACCCCCAACCCCAGCAACAACCCCCUCGACAAGCAAGCCACCUGAUACAUAUCACAACACAACCAUGUGGACACCUUCCCAACCUGCACAAUCAGCCUCCAGUGUUGGUACUGAGACAACAGCUGCUUAUUCCACAGCCCUUGUCUUCAGCUCCUUGGGGACAGUGAAAUCCUCUGCUGUGACUGGGCCCAGUCAAACUCCCCCCAGAUAUAGCCAGCAUAGUAGUCCUAGAGCGGGAGCCUGCGCGUUGGAUGAAUACACAGCCAGCACAGGAGUUUGCCUGUGCAAUGACAGCUACCACACCCACUCAGAACUGUCCAGGAUGCCAGUGACCCUGUACUGCUGGCCACAAAAAAUUGGGGUGGCCCUGAGCAGCUGCUUCCUGGAAACUAACCACUGGAUUCUGAAAGAAGAUGUCUUCUCAGGGUGCUCCAGCACCAAGAAGAUAGAACAAGGCUACAGGGUCCAGGUCUUCAUGAUGGAGAAGAAGGAGGGUUCUUGUGGACUCCACCUCUCUACUAACAACAGCCACGCCCUGUAUUCUCUGAAGGUGCAGCUUAAGCAGGUUGUUUCAGGCUCCAAAACUACUGAGUCCACAAUGCUCUUCAGCUUCGGCUGUGCUUACCCUCUGGUGGUGAACAUCAGCCAGACUCUCCCCGAAGUAGUGGACUCCAUCCCGACUAUCCACUUUCCCAGUACUGGGGAAACUAUCAUCUUCCUGAGCAUCUUUACAGACAUUCAGCUCUCAGCUCCACUCAAGAACAGAACAGCUCACCUUGGCACACCCCUCUACAUAGUUCUCAAUGCCACAAGCAGUGAUCCCAACAGAUUUGCUCUGGUGGUCAAUGAGGUCUUUGUCAGCGCCAACAUCUCCAACAAAAAGGUCAUUAAGGCGACCUACCACUUUGUGAAUGAGAGCUGCCCAGUCCCCAGCCGGCUGCUCCACGGUCUACCCGACAACGGGGCCUCUCUCCAGGUGACGCUGGCCUUCAAACUGUUCCGCUUCUUAAAUAGCGAUACGCUCUACCUGCACGCCCGAGUGACCCUGUGUGACAAGCAAAUGGAACGCCAGUGCCGACCGGGCCGCGUAAGUUCUCCGUCGGGGCCCCAGUCGAGGUGGUACACCCUGCCUCUCCUUCCGGAGUCCCGGCGAAGCCUUGAACACUCGCGACCUCUCUUCGUGGGGAAUCGGCAGCGGGAGCGCAUGCGCAGAGCAACGGAGCCGUAA